GCGGGCGGCGUUGCCGGCCAGCUCGAGGAUCUCAGCGGCCAGGUACUCCAUGACGGCUGCCAGGUAGACGGGCGCUCCUGCUCCCACUCGCUCGGCGUAGUUGCCCUAGCGGAGGAGACGGUGGACUCUGCCGACUGGAAACUGGAGACCCAUGAUGGGUCGUGGAGUGAGUGGAGACAGAGAGCUCCUCUCCAGACAGUGACAACUGGAGUUACUCAACUACCACACAACACUCCAUCCUAGUUACUAGUUAGCUACAAUGUACAUACAUUAUGUUUGUCACUGUAACAAUAAGCAUGGUGUAUUUUGACAAGUUGUACAAUGAUUCACCAGUCACCAUCUAAAUUGAUAAUUUUUUGUACCAUGAA